GCAGAAGAGCCCACGUGUUAUUGCCGUCUGCUUGUGCUCUUGUGCUUGAGACAAUUUGUGCUCUGCACAAAUUUUACUUGCGUUCACUUUCGUUUAUAUUAGCAUUGAAAGAGGUUGUCACGAAUCUUCAUCUGACAAUGGGGAAAAUAAAUGUCACAAUGUUGCGGUAUUUAAGUAAAGAAGAUUUUCGUGUGUUAACGGCUGUUGAAAUGGGUAUGAAGAACCAUGAGUUAGUACCUGGGUCACUUGCUGCCUCAAUCGCUAGUUUGAGACACGGUGGUGCUCACAAAUUAAUGAGAGAACUAUGCAAACACCGUUUGCUCAGUUAUGAACGAGGAAAGCAUUAUGAUGGUUAUCGCCUUACUAACCUUGGAUAUGAUUACCUUGCCUUGAAAGCACUAACUAGCCGCGGAGUUGUUGCCUCAUUUGGCAAUCAAAUUGGCGUUGGGAAGGAAUCAAAUAUUUAUGUUGUAGCCAAUGAGGAUGGAGAGCCCCUUUGCUUGAAGCUUCACAGACUUGGGCGAACUUGUUUUCGCCGUCUUCGAGAAAAAAGGGACUACCAUGCUCAUCGUAAUGCUGCAUCUUGGAUUUAUCUGUCUCGCAUAUCAGCCACUAAAGAGUUUGCAUAUAUGAAAGCACUUUAUGAACGCGGUUUUCCAGUUCCCACUCCUAUUGACUUUAAUCGUCAUUGUGUUAUUAUGAAUCUAAUUCAAGGGAGACCAAUGUGUCAACUCAAUGAAGUCGAAGAUGUUGAAUGGUUAUAUGAUGAACUCAUGAAUCUUAUCAUUAAAUUCGGAAAUUAUGGUGUUAUACAUGGAGACUUUAAUGAGUUUAAUUUAAUGAUAACUGAUGAUGGAAAACCUAUUGUGAUUGACUUUCCUCAAAUGGUAUCAAUCAAUCAUGUAAAUGCUGAAAUGUUUUUCAUGCGAGAUGUAAAUUGCAUCCGUGAUUUCUUUAAGAGGAGAUUUGGAUAUGAGAGUGAACACCAUCCCACUUUUGCUGACAUUGUGCGUGAAUCAGCUUUAGAUGUUGAAGUUUCGGCCAGUGGAUUUACCAAACAGAUGGAGAAGGAUCUCCUAGUGGAGAUGGGUGUUGAAGAAGAUGAGGUAGUUGGCAGUGAUGACAAUGAUAGUGCAGAAAGUUCUGAAGAUGAUAGCAAAGAUUUUGGCAUUGAAACACUCAGGAAGCAAGUGGAACAAAUUAUUGUUGAAGAUGAAGAUAAAUCCAGGAAAGGUACAUCACAAGCAGUUGCUUGUAGUAUCUAUUCAGCAGACCAUGAGGACAAAAGUACUACAUCUACCAAUUGUGAAACUUCUACAUCUACUGCUGGUGUUUCUGGGAGGGAAAAAAUACCCAAUGAUAACUUGGAACUAUGUUCUGGAGAAACAAAAAUGCUACGAUCUAGAAUUGAUUCAGAGUGCUUAAGUGAUGCAUUUAGUGUUCGCAGUGCUAGGACUAAUGGGUUAUCAACAGCUUCAACUAUCUCCCCUGAUGUCAUAAAGUCUAGAGUCCAAGUUGCUUUAAACCGGAGAGAGAAGCAGGCAGAAAGGAAAAGAAUACAAGCCAAGGGAGAAGCAAGUGCCACAACAAGGUCUCGUAGAGAUAAUGCAAAGACAAUUAAAGAAUCUAAUGGGAUAUGGGGGUGGGAUUAAAAGUUUCCCUUGGGACUAUAAAUAAAUAAAAGCAACAAUAUGAUUGAUUAAAAUUUUCUUUAUUUCAGUAUUCAUAUAAAAGUUCUUACCAUUUAGCUGGGUAACUUUCCUGUAAGUAGUACUUAAAUGCUUCCAUAUUUUAUUGAGGCAAUGUUUCUGCCCAUAAUUGAUUGAUACAAAUAGUGUAAGCUGUGUCAAAAGAACACAGAAACUUGUCAAUUUGCUUACAUUCACAUCAGCCUAAACUUUGUAAAAAUAUAGUUUUUAAAAUAAAUUAUACUAAAUGGUAGGAUAACAACCAACAUGUGUUAAAUCUAUCCUGCAACAAGGCACAACAUAAUCAAAUCGGUAACCGGACCAAGUAUACAAAGAAUGUUAAAUCUAUUAGUUCUAAAUUAUAGGAUAUAUGGGAAAAUAUAUGGUUUCUAUGAAUUCUUAUUUAGGUGCCAAAUGAUUAACAAAGUUAACCAAGACUGCUAGUCAUGCAUUAAAACUGCCAGCCCUUUUUGUAUUCCAAGCUUUCUUUUUAAAUUGGCACAGCACAAAGCCUAAGAAGGCUCACCAACUCUGGGCUUCUCCACUCGACCCCGAAAGUCUCUACACCUAUCUCUCUUUUACCAAAAAAGAGCCUGGUAAAAGAAUUAGAAACAAAACGCUGAAAAUUUAAGAAAGCAGGAGUAAACACACUCUGGCCCAACUUUGCUCAAAACCGCUGCAUUUAAAAAAAAUAAUCAAGUUGAUUAGUAUUUCAGAUUUGCUUUACAAAUUAUUCUGAGGAAUGCAAAACUGAAAGUCAAAAUAUAUAGGAAUGAUUAAAUUUACCACAAACAACAAAGAAAAUGAACUCAGGCAUACUGGUGUCCGUACAUAAUUAACAACCAAUUUUUAUGCUAAAACAAAUGAUCAUGCUACAGCUUUAAGGGUUUGAGGGCAACAAUUCAGUCAAAAUACAUCCUUGAUGAGUUUCAAAGACAACUCAGAAAAGGGGACAGGUCAAUCAAGGAGUAAGCAAAGUAACAAUAUAGGUUGUAAGCAUAAAUAUAUAGAACUUGGAAUCAGAUUAACAAAUAAAAAUAACCAAAGUUAGAUAAGAUAACUAAACUAUUAGUCUAACAAAAACAUAAGAUACUAAAAUUCAUCCUACUACUGUAAACUACAGAACCAGUAAUAAAUAAUUAGAAACACUAAUACUGUAAUCAUCUGAUGAUUUUACAAACAUGACUGGGCACAAGUAGAGAGAAAUCUAUUCCAUGUGUCAGAAUUGGUCAAAACAACUUUGGCUUAACUAGUCAAAAAACCAGUAAUAAAAUAAGUAAAAGUAAAAUUGCAAAACAUGAUAUGCAAAACAAACAGCAGAUUGAACAAAUGCAAAUCAAACAACCAACAUAUCUAUCAGGACUUUGAUGUUCAGAAAGUAAAUUGAAACCUGAAGUUCACUAAAUGAAUGAACUGGUGAACCAUAGCAUUAAGAGAAUAAUUACCGGUAGCGGACAAUUUUGUAAGAGUUGGGUAGACAUGACGCUAUUAUGAAAUGAAUCACUAUCAUUUUAAAUUAUAAAACUGAAGGUAGAACGCAUCCAGCACUCAUCAUGGUUUAUCCUAUUUAAAAAAAAGAAGUUUAAAAAAUCCAUUAGAAAGCAUUUCAAAUGCAAACUGUGAAAGGUUUAGGACAACUCACCAUAAUUUCCCAGCCUUCAACAUCACCAGCAAGCUGAUAGUGUUGCCGUCGCAAUGCUGCCAAACGCUGCCUUUCUUGUUGCAGAGAUGCCUCCAGUUCUAAAACCUUAACUUGACAGUCCAUUUCAAGGCGUUUAGCCUGAUGGAGUGUCAGACCGGACACAUCUAGCUCUUCUGUAAUAUACAGACAAUGUCAUUAUUUAACUUAAAGUCUGAUAUUAAUAGCCAAGUUGGAGGAAACAAAAAGUUUACCAUUAUCUUCAAUGAGUUGAGCACAGUCUUUUGCUGUUGCAACUACUUGUCCAGUUGCUUGAGUAACACCUCGCGAUGCCUGUGACAAUGCAGUAAGAUUGGCACUAUCUCGCGAUGCUUUCACUCGACUUGCAACAACAAGCUGGGCAGUGCUAGCAGCAAUCUCUUGAGAUGCAACAAUGAGAGAUUCUAGUUUGCCCUCGCCACUAACCACCUUGUCAGCAGCCGUU